AUGACUCUGCCACCGGCCCACGAUUCUCCGAAGGCGGACAAGACCACUCACGGCCAAGGACCUGAAGGUGUUUUCGAUGAGUUCAUUUCUGUCCUCGGAAGAUUCUGCACCGAGAGCGGGUUUCAGGGUCUGAAGGCCAUGAUCUCUGAUCAUGACAGACUUCGAGAGGAACUCAAUGACACGAGGACCGCUUUCAGCAAGAAUCUCGAAAAAUUGACCCAAGUAAUCACAGAUCGAAACGUUGAGAAAGAGGUGUUCCAGAAAAAAACUGACGAUCACAACAAAUAUUACAAAAAGGUCUUGGAGGAAAAAGCAACGGCGUACCGGAAACUUAAGACUGAACAGGACACUUCCACGACGUGGAAGAAGAAAGCUGAGCUCCUCGAGAAAGACGUCGAAAGAAUCAUGACUACCAGCAAGAAACAUGAGGCUCGUAUCACGGAGCUUGAUAGCAUCAUCAACGGACAAAAAGGCCAGCUCAAGGAGGCCAAAGAGGAAAUCGCUACGCUCAAGAGCAAGUUGCAGUCCACCGAUAACCAGCUAGGCACCAAUUCGAAGGCUUUAGCAGCCGCAGAGAGCAAGCUCGCAACAAUCAUGUCCUACACUGCUGUGAUGACAUCUUUGAGAGAUGUCAAAGUGGAAAUGAUCUGA